CCAACUCAUUUCACCGUACAGCAUCUCCCACACACUGUCGGGACCUUAACGGUCAAUCCAAUGCCUCCCAUCUCCCCAACCCAUCGCAGCCGUCCAUUCCAUUCCUCAACCCAAGCGUGGAGCCGAACAAAAUUAAAAAAUUGAAAAAUCAAGCCGUCCCGCGCGUCCUUAUACAUACAUACCUGUAACUCGAUUCCAUUUGGGGGAUUUCUGAAAUGCCUUGCUUGGCCUCCUUUAUUUCUGUGAAUCAAUGAAGAAUCGGGGGGGCAACCAUGUAAGAUUGCACCGCCACAUGAUGUCCUGCGGCAUGUUCGGCAGCUGCGCCGCCACGAUUCUCAGCCCAAAGGCGGCGCAAGACGACGGCGAAGCAGCCGCCAUGGAGGAGCCCGAAACGGCGACUGCGACGACAAGGAUCGAGAGCUUCACGCGAUGGGAGCUCCCCGUGGCGCGCGAGAGAGCCGCCACGUGGCCCAAACAGCGCUCCGAAGCGGUGAUCAGGGGCGACGGCGCCGCGAGCCCGAGCUGCGCCGCCACUUCUAGUGGCGGCGCCGCCGGCGAUGAGGCGGGGCUGAUCUCGGGGCUGGUGGCGGCGGUGCGGGAGUGCCGAAGAGGGGCUUUAAAGCCGCUCUUAGCGCUGUGUCUAGCGGAGCCGCGGAACCGUGGGGAAGCUGUGAGGGCCGGCGGCGUGGCGGCGCUUUUGGAAGCGCUGCCGAAUUUGAAGGACGUGGCGGCGGCGGAGCGCGCUCUGGCUACUCUGGAUCUUUUGUCCACAGUCUGUGAGGGGCGCAUUGCGCUCAGAGAGCAUUCUUUGGUUGUUCCGCUGCUCUUGGAGAUGAUUUUUAAGGUUUCUGAUCGAGGUACAGAGUAUGCCGUGAGUUGCCUCUGUGCUGCUUGUGAAAGUGCCCUUAAUCCUCAGGAGACUGCCCUACAAUAUGGGGCACUUACUCAGCUCUUGCUUUUGCUCCAGAGUGAGUGCAGUGCAAGGGCUAAGAGAAAGGGCCUUCAUCUUCUCAAGCUGCUGCACAAGCUGUGGGAGCAGAGCCCUGAAAAUGGGGAUAAAAGUAUUAUUUUUAGUAAUGUUGCUGAUGAGAUCAGGCAAUGAGAGAGGGAGAGUGAGGGAACUUUUGCGUGGGUUUUUUCCCUCACUUUUUUCUGUAAAUCUGCGCCCCUGUAAAUUAAAUCUGCGCCCCUGUAAAUAUGAUUGCUUGACGAUUUUAUUUGCAUGUAAGGAAUAAAUUCUGUUGCUGAGUUCAAAUGAAAGAGGACUGGUAAAAGUUUUUGGUUA